CAAUCUUCAGCUUUGUUAUGUAUUGUUAAAAAUCAUCAGCUUUUACAUCAAAUAUCGUCAACAAUCGUUGAAUUUCUGAAUUCUGCUUUUUAUAUGCCGAAAUAAUAGGACGAUGUCUUUUCUAAUUUUCUUAUCAGUCGACACGAGGUUAGAGUUUAUUCUUUCACAGCGCGUAUUUCUCAUGAUCUUCUAAGAUUCUGGAUUAGAAACAGUUAAUAAUAAGGAUUGAUUUAUUGAAAAGCCAGGAGACGUUUUGAUAGUAUCUUGCAUUUAUACAAUGGACGGAAUAGGAUUGUUCAAUAAUUUUCUUCAAACACACCAGCCCCAGUUAGAGGCCUCCGGGGUGCCAAAGAUAUUCUGGGAGGUACUAUUCAGAAAACUUGAGUAUUCUCUGUUCGACGUAGGCACAGUGUUCCAAUUGAUGAAAAUUGAUUAUGACGAUUCUGAGAAAGAUCCCUGGGAUCCAGUUUGGAAGCUGUUCGUUUGCUGUGAAAACGGUAUCUCAGCGCAAGAUCCGAAUCAUAUUUAUUUAAUCGAUCAUGCAUGGAUGUACGAUGUCAGCAGCGCCAGGGAGAAUUUGUUGACUAUACCGAAUCUUGCUGAUCGAAUGUGCUCUAUGAUGGGCUUUGAUACCGAAACAGAACAAGAAGAGAAGGUAGAUUUCGUUUUAAAAGAGAUGUGGAGGUACAACCAGUCGUUCUCACUGAACAGUGGCUCAAUAGAGGAUAGGAUGCCCAUUUGGUACAUCAUGGAUGAAAUAGGAUCAGCUAUAAAUCAUAGCGACGAUCCAAACUUUAGAACUGUGCCUUUCCUGCAUUUACCAACUGGUGUCACCUACACGCUCUUGUUUCCUAUAAGAGAUACCGAUUUUGAGGAAGAAGUUACAAGAGAUUUUGUCGAGGGUCAAACGAAUGACCAGAAAGUACGAUCAGCUUUGCUUUUGCCUUGGGUAAACACGUCGUUCGUUAAAGAGAGCUUUGUUCAAGUAGAACCGGAUGAAAGCUACUUUUUAUCUGGUCACAUCCAUGAGAGUCUCCCCGAGAAAACAGAUUCACAGCCUUUCCAAAGGGAUAGAAACGCAAAGUUGAAAGUUUUCUCACAAUAUUCAUAUGUGAACGACUAUUUGACAGAUCCAGCGUUUGAAAUUGUAGACAACGAGGAACAAGCAGAUGUCUUAUGGUACACCUCACACUUUAAGGAAUAUAAAGAGUUGAACACUCGUUCCCCGCACGUUUUUAUAAAUCAAUUCCCAUUUGAAAAUGUAAUCACCAUCAAAGAUUUGCUAUCCAUUGUAUGUCGAAGAAAAGCUACAGAAAAAUCGUACGAUCCCGAUACCUUAGAGACUUACCCGGAAUGGUUACCGACUACUUACAAUCUAAGUACAGAAUUGGUACAAUUCGUCGCGUAUUUCGAGCAAAGGGAGUCGAAGGAUUUGGAUAACCAUUGGAUCUGCAAACCAUGGAACCUCGCCAGAGGACUGGACAUCCACGUAACAAGGAAUCUAUUCCACAUUCUGCGUUUGCCUAGCACUGGGCCAAAGAUCGCGCAGAAAUAUGUCGCGAAUCCAGUUUUGUACGAAAGACCAGAGGUCGGCAAAGUGAAAUUCGAUAUACGAUACGUGGUUCUACUAAAGUCUGUGAAACCACUGCGGAUAUUUGUCUACAGGAACUUCUUCUUGCGAUUUGCUAAUAAAGAAUUUGCUUUGAACAACUUCGAAGUGUACGAGCAGCACUUCACCGUGAUGAAUUACUCGGAGAACGCGCCGCUUUGUCAUGUAAAAUGCGCAGACUUCGUUCUCGAAUGGGAUAGACAAUACCCGGAAUACUCGUGGGGAGAUCGGGUCGAGCCGAAGAUUUUCAACAUGCUCCGCGAGAUUUUCGAAGCUGCGACUGCGGAAACACCGCCGAAAGGGAUAGCAGAAAAUCCUCAGAGCAGAGCCGUGUACGCGGUAGAUCUGAUGUUAGAAUGGAAGAACCAGACGAUUCAACCUGUUUUGCUAGAAAUCAAUUUCUCGCCUGACUGUAAAAGAGCCUGCGAGUACUACCCGAAUUUCUACAACGAUAUCUUCAAAUGUCUGUUUUUGGACGAGGACAAUUCCGACGCGUUUGAGGACUUGUGACGGAAUCGAAUCCUCGAUGGAAUUGUAAAUACCGUGGCUUAAGUGCGCAGGAAUAUCGAGAAACUAUUAACGAGCCACGGUCCGAGUACGUACAAUUUAUUUAUUCAAAAGCGUGGAGUCUGUCUCGUAUCUCGUAUGCGGUAAUGAGCUCAAGUAGCCCCAGUAAAUCUGCAUACACGGGAACGUUAAGGGGUACAUUUGCCCUGUAAAUAAUUCUCGUCCACCAUAACUUGACGCUAGAACCGGGCAAGACUGUAUAGCACCUAAUGGAAUAAUAAACGAGAGGGCAAUUGAAGCAGUUUCACGACAGACCACUUUGGCCACCGUGUAACGUGCACUUUCAGAGUUAAUGCGAAAAGAAAUGUUCAAUUUCGCUUCAAAUUCAUAAUAAAAACGUCGAACCGUUGGGAUAAUCUUAUUAAGCGAAAUAAAACAUUUAUCGGACCCUUCA